CCCACUAUUGCAUAUUCCAUAUUAUCCUAAAACUAUGCCAACCCUUUUCCAACAACAUAUGUAUAAAUGUCUUAUGCCCUCCGAAAUCCAAUUGUGCCCAUCCAUACUACAUAUUUUUUUUUUUCUUGUAUAGGUCUUAGUUCAGGUCCUUAAUUGCAUCAUGGGAGCUUCUCCACAGUCAUUCAAUGCCCUUAAUUUGAAGGGUAUGUUCCUAGGAAAUAAGGGCACAUGCCAGUACUCUUCAGAUGAUGGUUCUCUAUGGAGCAAAGUUUUGAGAGCCAAUAGAGGAGGAGGAGGAGGACAUGGACGGAGGAGUAGGCAGAGGAGGAUGUUGAUGAAGAGGAGGGCAUUUCCAAAAGGUUGUGGUAGGCCCACUAAUGGAAUUGUGAGAAGGGUUAGAAUUCUCAAAAAACUUGUUCCAAAUGGGAGGUCCAAGGGCUUGGAUGGUCUUUUCACAGAGACAGCUGAUUAUAUUUUGUGUUUACAGAUGAAGGUGAAGGUUAUGCAGAUGAUGGUAAAUCUGCUGUCAAAAACAGAUGGUUAAUCAAUAGGGUUGAGAAAUUGAUUUGUUUGUUUCAUUCACUUUUUACUCCUAAUUAUUUUCAAUGUAUUUUUAGUGUACAGAUUCAAACGGGCUUAAUUUGCUUAUGCCCAUUGUAAGAUGGUGGUGCCACAUAAGUCUUCAAGCAGUGUAUUUACUGUGUUUCUCUAUGUGUUCUUUGAGUUUGGCCAAAUUAUUGAUUUAGUGAAAAAAAAUUCUUUCUUUGUUCAA